CCGGGCGCCCUGAGGCGGGGCAGUGCCCACUCCCGCCGGCCGCCCUCACAAGGCCCAGGCCGCCUCCUUGCCACAAGGCCCAGCAGGGCCGCCCUCACACCUGCCCCGCCCUGCCCUGUCCCGCCCGGCCCCACCCUGCCCCGUGGCCUCUGUCACACCCCACGCUGACGUGCUGAGCCUUCCACCAGCCAUUGUGACGCCACAGGCGCCAGUCGGGCACGGCUUUGUUGGUGCCCGCAGCCGGCGCUCAGAGCUGCUGUAGCCUCUCGGGGAGCAGCAGCACAUCCCGCUCGGGGAGCAUUGCGCGCCUGCAUCGCCGUCUUGGCAGCUGCAGGCCACGACCACUGCGCAGGGCGACCUCGUCUGCCUUGUGCUUCAUACCCUGUGCCCGUCCUUAUUCUCGCCCCUUUGUCACCCUCCCCCUAAACCUCGCCCCGUCCCAUUCCUCAUCCCCACUUGGCUCCCGGCAGCCCGCCGGGGCCUUCUUGCCCUUCCUGCUGCUGGGAGCUCCAAGCAGGGCCAUGCCGUGGCUUCUGAGCAAGAAGCGACGGCAGUCGCCCUCCAGCAGCCCCAGUGGGCAGCCCUGGGCUGCCACCAGCUCCAGCAGCGCCUCCCAGCUCCGGGAGCAGGGGCUGGGCAGGCUGCACCGCGCGGCCGCCCGCGGUGACCUGGGCUGGCUGAGGCGCUGGCGCUGGUACGUCAAGGUAGUCGGCAUCGACAGGCCAGACCAGGAGAUGCGGACACCUCUGCAUCUGGCUUCGGCCAAUGGCCAUGCAGAUGUCGUCAGAUAUCUGCUAAGGAAGAACAGCCAGCCCAACCUCGCUGACAGCUUCAAGAGAACGGCCCUGAUGAAGGCAGUCCAGCAGGAGCAGGAAGAAUGUGUUGCUGUUCUGCUGGAACACGGUGCCGACCCCAAUCUGGCAGACGCUGACGGCAACACUGCCCUUCACCUGGCUGCCCUCUCUAAAAACACAGCUGUAGCAGGGCUGUUACUGGAGCAUCAUGCCAACAGUGAUGCUCAGAACCAGUGGGGAUUUACCCCCUUGAAACUUGCAGCCUUGCAACAGCACGAGGAGAUUCUGGAGUGCCUUGUGAACAAAGCAGCUGACAGGCCUGCUCAAGCCCAGGGGGAAAGGACUGCUCUUGUGGUUCCUGGAAGCCCUGAGGCUCACCUGGAGGAAGAUAAUCUGCGCUUGCAGGAGGAGCUGGACAGGGCUGGCGCGGAGCUGCAGGAGGAGGAAGAAAAGCAUCUUCAGUCUGAGCAUUGUGUUCCUGACUUGAAGACUGCUUUGGAUGCCAAGAAAAGAGAGGCAGUAACUUCCUCCCAGAAACUGCAGGACCUCCUGUUGGCAUCUUGUGAGACCAAUCCGACUGUGAACCAACUGGAAGAAGACGCGCAAGACUUUGCAAGUGAGAACAGCAGAUUGGAAGCCACUGUCCAGCAGCCAAGCGAGAGCGUUGAAGCCCUUCCGAGAGCCCUGCAAGCCUCUGCCUCAGGUGGUGAACUUUCCCAGCAGCUGGACAUGGAGCCUGGAACAGGCAUGCAGCUCGAGGCCCUAAACCAGGCUUUGCAAGAAGAGCUGUCCACUCUGCUUGGGAAGUGUGAACAACUGGAGAAGAGCAAAUGUCAGCUGCAAGAAGAGGUGACAAAACACCACCACCAUUUGGAGACUUUGGUGCUGGAUGGCAGCCAAAGAGAACAGUGUACAAGAGAGGUGGCAGAAGGAGCUGACCAGGAAAGAAGUGCAAAGCUACAAGAGGUCAGCCUCGUUUUGCAAGCACAGGCAGCCCACCAGGCCCCACUAGGACAAACUGGAGACAGUCAUUGUGAUUCCAUGAGAAUCCAGUUGGAAGAAAGGAUUAGAAAUCUGGAAAGUGAAUUGGAGAGGAUCAAAAACACCCAAGAAGAGAGUGCUUCUCGUAAAGAAGCAACACAGGGAGAGAUGGAAAGGUACAAAGAGCUGUAUCUGGAGGAAAUGAAAACCAGAAGAUGCCUUGACAAGAAACUGGAAAGGCUGGAAAAGCUUCUGAGGAUAGAGAGCAGGAAACUCCGGGUUAAUGAAGAGAAAGGAAGUCAGUCCCAGCUGGAAGAAAUGAAGAAGAGAUAUUCUGAAAAGGUCAAGGAAGUUGAUAGAUUCCAAAGAGAGGUUGCUGAACUUUCCCAGAAGCUGGACAGGGAACGUGAACAGUGCACGCAGCUGGAGGCCAAAAAUCAGGCUUUGCAAGAAGAGCUGUCUACCCUGCGUGGGGAGUGCGAGAACCUGGCCAUGGACAAAUGCCAGCUGCAAGAAGAGCUGGCAAAACUCCACCAUCAUUUGGAGACCAACGUGGUGGAUCGCAGCCAACUCGAACAGUGUAAAAGAGAGGUGGAAGAACAAGCAGACCAGGAAAUAAGACAAAAACUCCAAGAAGUCAAUGAGUUUUUGCAAGCACAGGCAGCCCACCAGGACACCUUAGAAGAAAUCAGAACCAGUCAUGUGGACUCACUGAAAAAGCAGCUGGAAGACAGAAUUAGAGAUCUUGAACGUGCACUGGGAAGGACAAAAAGCAACCAAGCAGAAAGACCUUUUCAAAAGGAAUCCACCCAGGCAGAAGUGGACAAGUACAAAGAGCUGUAUCUGGUGGAAGCCCAAAGAAGAAAAAGCUUCGCCAAGAGACUGGAAAGAGUUCCAGCAGUAACCCCACAGCACCACCACUAUGGCAUUAUUGGUGUCUUUUCAAGUUGA